AGGGUUCGAGGUUCGAGUCGGUGGCGAAAUCAGAGCCCUACCCUCGCGCAUCAACGGCCCUGGCAACUCGCUGGGCUCCCGCGUUGCCGCCCACCCCUCGGGCGAUGGCCGUGCGCUCCCGCCUCCUCUCCGGCCUCGCCCUCUGCGCCGCCGCCGCGCUGCUGGCCACGGCGGCGUCGACCGGCUUCGUGCCUGCGCCCGCGGCGGCCAGGACGGGACCCUCCACGAGGCGGGAGCUAACCACGCGGCGGUUGUCGGCGUUGCCCUGGCGGCGAAUCCUUCGGCCGCGUACGCCGCGAAAGACUUCGACCCCGUGGACACCGUCCUGAGGGUGGUUGCGAUCGUGACCAUCCUCAUCGGGCCCAUCGUCGGCUUCGGGCUGAUCCCAGUGAUCUUCGGCAGGGACGUCUCGACGAGGCGAAGGCUCCAGCCGUGGUCCUUCUACGGCGCUUUUGUUGCUGUCUCGCGGCGCUGGGUCUCAGGGUCUUCGUCCGCCUCUCCGUCUUCCGGGUGAUUGCACGCGGGAUGGCACCCGUCGGGGCUCCCAACGGCUGCUGCUUCUUCGCCGCCCUGCACGACGGGGACGCGUCGAGGCAGCACGGCUGAGCCGGCCCCGGCGCGCCGCGGGAGGCAGCGGGAGCCGCUGUUUUCGGACUAUUUUUUUGGCUCGAGUCCCUUUCCUGGCUUCCAGGCGUCGGGUGCAAAUAUUUCAAUGAGCAGUUUCCCGAUCAGAGAGCUUAGCAAAGAGCAGCAGCUUUCAUGGACUCCUAGAUGUCGUCCAAGAAGGUCAGGAAUCUGGACUGGACCCUGGGCGUUGUCUUGGAGCUCUCUUUCUCUCGUAGAAGCUGUGUGUGUGUGUGUGUCUGGAGAUGGACCGCUGCCCAGGGAACGCGUGGCGUGGCUUCGAUUUCCUUGGCCGAGAGCCUCCUCGACUCCGGGCAGGCGUGCACGGCACAAGCACUCUACGGUCUCGGAGGUCCUCGCGGGUUUCGUGAAUCGGCGCUGGGCCGCUCGGGCGGCGCCUUUGGCGACACCCCUGGCGCGCUCCGCGCGCCAGCGCUCCGUGCAGAUAGGUGGA